AUGCACAUCCUGGCGUGCUUCCUCUCCCUUGCCCUCCUAUUCCUGUGUACUCUUUCGCGACUGUACACAACCCCGUGCCCCUGCAGCAGCUCGAACGACCCCACCAGCAAUUUCACCACGUGUACCAUUACCACAGAAGAAGACGCUAACAUGAAAGAUAUCAUUAACUCCAAUUUCGAGGACAAUAAGGACGAGCGGGUGAUCAUUGUAAAUGAAAAUAAUGAGUUCCAAGAAUUGAAAGCGAGAAAAAUUAUGCGGACGGAGAAUUUGUGGCACCGAGCUACAUCCAUUUUUGUCUUCACCCAAAUCGAUCAGGAGUAUUUUAUUUAUGUACACAAAAGAUCCAAGAUAAAGGACUACUGCCCAUCAUACUACUCCAUUGGUUUCGGUGGAGUCGUUGCAGAAAAUGAAGAUAUGCUUAGCAAUGCUGUAAAGGAAUUGGAAGAAGAAAGCGGGAUAAAGAAGUCUCCCGAACAACUUUACCAUUUGGGUGUGGCCAAGUGCGACACAGAAUGCUCCAGGGCCUUCAUGGGUUGCUACGUUGUAUUCAUCGACCCCGAUUUCGAGACCACCCCCCAGAUGAAUGAAGUCGAAUUUAUCACCCGCAUUCCGCUGAACGAAUUUGACGAAUUCUUACAGAAGGAGAAGUUCACAGUUAUAAGCAAAACCGUGUAUAACCACUUCAAAGACAAAAUGACUAAAUCCGCCUUGGACGAACUAUACAACAAAAUCAACUAA